AUCUUUGGUUCGAGGGUGAAGAAACAGUAGUAGUGAGGUAGCUAUGGCGUCGCGAGGUCCGUUGACGGAAGAGGAGCGAUCUGAACUGCAAGAACAAUUUACUGCCAUCGACAAAAAUGGAGAUGGUUUCAUUGAUUUGUCAGAGUUACGAGAAGCCCUGGAGGUUUGCGGAUUCAAAAUUCCUGGAUGGGAAGUUAGAAAAAUAAUAGCAGAAUUUAACAGCCGUGGUUCUAACCAUUCUGGCCGCCUCUCCUUUGAUGAAUUUGAGAAGCUCUGUUUAGAUCUAAAAUCAAAUGAAGUUGGAAACACAUUUAAGAAAGUUGUGUCGAAAAAAGAGAAUUUAGAAACACUUGGAGGAAUGUCAGAUGCAUCUAGUGAAGGUACAACACAUUCGGUGAGGUUGGAGGAGCAACUGGCAUUUUCUGAUUGGAUUAACACAAAUCUGAGGCUUGAUCCUGAUCUGAAGCACUUACUACCUAUUGACUCAGAGGGCAAGACACUUUAUGAGAAAGUAAAAGAUGGUAUUUUGUUAUGUAAGAUAAUAAACCACUCUUGCCCUGAUACCAUUGACGAAAGAGCCAUAAAUAAGAAGAACCUGACUCUGUACACAAAGCAUGAAAACUUAACUCUAGCGUUAGUAUCAUCCCAAGCUAUUGGUUGCAAUAUAGUAAACAUUGAUGCACAUGACCUUGCUAAAGGAAAACCUCAUCUGGUCCUUGGUCUUUUGUGGCAGAUUAUAAGGAUUGGAUUGUUCAAUCAGAUAACUUUGGAGAACUGCCCAGGUUUGACAUCUUUAUUGUCUGAUGGGGAACACAUAGAAGAUCUAAUGAAAUUAUCGCCUGAAGCUAUCUUGCUAAGAUGGGUGAACCAUCACCUUGAAAGGGCUGGAGUAGCCAGGAGGUGUGGCAACUUCCAGGGAGAUAUUGUAGAUUCAGAAAUUUAUACAUACCUGCUGAAGCAGAUUGCACCACCAGAAAGUGGUGUGACAAUGGAAGCAUUAAUGGAGCCAGAUCUUCUGCGACGUGCAGAAAUAAUGCUCCAGCAAGCUGGGAAACUGGGUUGUCGUAGUUUUGUCACACCGAGUGAUGUGACUAAUGGAAUUUACAAACUUAACCUUGCAUUUGUUGCCAACUUGUUCAAUAACCAUCCCGGUCUUGAUCGCCCUGAAGGUGAAAUUGAAGGAUUAGAAAAUAUUGAAGAAACCAGGGAAGAGAAAACUUACAGGAACUGGAUGAACUCAAUGGGUGUGCAACCAUAUGUCAAUUGGCUCUACUCUGACUUGGCUGACGGUCUUGUCAUCUUCCAGCUCUACGAUAUUAUUAAGCCAGGAAUUGUCAAUUGGAACAAGGUACACAGGAAAUUCUCAAAGCUACGAAAAUUUAUGGAGAAAUUAGAAAACUGCAAUUAUGCCGUUGAGCUUGGUAAACAGCUUAAAUUUUCUUUGGUUGGCAUUGCAGGCCAGGAUAUAAAUGAUGGAAAUGCUACUCUCACACUAGCUCUUAUAUGGCAGCUCAUGAGAGCAUAUACGCUGUCUAUAUUGACCCAGCUGGCUAAUACAGGAAGUCCAAUAGUAGAAAAAGAAAUUGUUACGUGGGUCAACAAUAAACUUUCACAAGCUAGGAAGAAAAGUACACUGAAGAAUUUUCAGGAUUCAUCUUUAGCAGAUGCAAGAGUAGUGAUUGACCUCAUUGAUGCAAUUAAACCAGGAACUAUUAACUAUGACUUAGUACGAGAAGGUGGCACAGAAGAGGACAACUUGGCAAAUGCGAAAUAUGCUAUUUCUAUGGCGAGGAAGACAGGAGCGAGAGUGUAUGCGCUUCCAGAAGACAUUACUGAAGUGAAGCCAAAAAUGAUAAUGACUGUUUUUGCUUGCCUUAUGGCUAUGGAUUACAUCCCAAACAUGGAUGUUAAACAAGAUUCAUAAGUUUACAGCUAUCAGUAGGCGCUUGUAAGUGAAUUUUGUGAUUGUAAAAGUACCUAAAGUUUUAUUUUUGAAUGGUUGUAAAGUAGUUUAUAUUUCAUUCCAUAUUGUAUACAAACACUUGUAAUGUCAUCUUUGAAAAAGUAUUUGUGUGUAUGUGUGUGUCUCAGUAAAAAGAUGAUACAGUGAUAAUGUACAAUAUUCAUCAAAUUUUUUAUAAAAAUGUAAUUUUGUUCUUACAGGAUGAGAGGUGGGGAGGAAAUUUAGACAUUAAAGUCCUCAUAACAGAGAGUAAUGGGAGAGUUCUUUACUAGUGGUCUUACUCUUUGUCUUAUAUGUGAGAACAUUUUUGUCAGCAUUAUUGAGUGGUAAUGUGAACAUAUUCUCACUUUAUCCAUAUUUUGAAUGGGCAGAAGACACACUUGUAAUAUAUUUUAUACACAGCCAUUGUAAAGGGUCACUCCUUCAAUGUAAUCAGAUAGCCCCAGUAUAUCCAAAAGUGAAACUGAACGUGUGAUGCUGGGUUUCUUGUAUUGUGAGUUGGGGGAUUGUAUAUUUUUAAGAUAGUGUGUGGCACCAGCCCAUGACUGAGCCAUUGGCCUGACUGUUGGUGUUGUACAGCCUUUCUUCAGCAUGGCACUAGGAGGGGGAGGGCAGUGGACUCAUCACCCUCUCCAUCUUAACCCAGCCCUCCCCUCCCCUCCCCUCCCCUCCCCUCCCCUCCCCUCCCCUCCCCUCCCCUGGAAAGAUCCCCAGUACUCGUUCUAUAGCAGGCGAAUAGAUGUGGGGGCAUCUUGGAAAGACUGUAACAAAGAAAAAUCCCCCACCCUAUCGAGGAUUGAACCCAGGACACCCAGGGUCGGAGUCUAGUACUGUACCUAUUAGACCACCUUGGCCAAGAGGCAUUGUAUUUACAGGACUGAAAUGCUGUGAAAUAAAGUAUAAUGUGGUAAUCUAUUCCAUAAACUUACCACAAAACAUUUCAGACAUUGUUAUAUUCUCUUCAUAAUUUUUGGCGGGAUGCUUACCUGAAUAUAGCUUUCAAAACUAUCAUUUGUCCACAAAAAUGCAUUUUUAUUCAUUUGAUGGUAAAUCUGUCUUGAUAUCGUUUCCAUACAGUACCAUACAAUGUAUAAAAUGAUGCCUGCUGUGCCAAGUGAGGGCUAGUAACCAUAUUAACAUCUAUAUUUUGAUGUAUAUAGAAAGUUGUUCAUUGACUAAUACAUAAAUUAGACAAUUUUGUCCAUGACAUUCCAUUUAUGUAGUUUACCAAGGCACUGUAUGUGAUUAUAUGUUUCUAUUGUUAAAGGGCACAAUUUGUAUCUGAUGGUUUUAACAUCAGUAUAUACAUAUAUGACUGUCAAUAAUAUUAUUUUAAACUAAUUAUGAAAUGUCUGUGUUACCAAAAUUUACACUGAGCUUAAGAUUAUUAUGUGAAAGUGUCGCUAAUGAAGAAAAAUUAUUUUAUGUACUCACGUGGAAGAGGAUGAAAAUACAAGACAAAAAUCACUUUUACGUUGAUUUCGCAUAUUAAUUACAGAUUUGUAUUGUAGUGUCUCUCUUCUGUUUCUGUCCACUUUGAUGAUACGUCCACAGUUUUCCUAAAAUGUGGUCAGUCAAAAUAGUAGUAAUGGUACUACCAUCGACUUCUCCUCCUCCUCCUCCUCCUCCUCCUGCUGCUGCUGCUGCUGCUGCUGCUCCUUUAUUGAUUUCCCACUGUUUUGCUUUCAGCUGCAAAGGAAUUUGAUAGUAAUGAUUCACCCUUUAUCUCAGUGUACUGUGUAAAAUGUCAAUGAUGUAUGCAACAUAUAUAGACACUAGAUUACUUCGAUAUUGUAACGUAGUCUUUCGAAAAUGUUCGCUGUAGAUGAUGAGAUCCUGUAAGUUUUUCAACUUUAAAUACUCCUGGCUCUGACUGUGUUCUCAUUUCAAUUUACUGUUUUCUUGACUUUUAUUGCUAUAAAAAAUAGUUUUUCAUAUUUCUCUUUACUGUCAUGAUACACCUUCUUUGUUGAAUUUUACCUGAUUGUCAUUUCACAAUGAGCUUCCUCAUAAAUUUCUCUUGCAUUUUUAAUUCUACCGCUCAAAUUAAUUUUGUUGUAAUCAUGUCAGAGUUGUGAGCAGUGUGUGUGAGGUGGCACUUUUUUGAUUCACGCCACUUCUUUCCUGAAAGUUCCAUAGACUUAGACUGUUUUACUUACAGCUAUUAUUUACACCCUAAUUACUUUCAGGAGAAAGUAUAAUAAUCAAUGUAACUGUGGUCAUCUCAUGCUCCAUUGGUGACCAUAAACAUAUACCAUGUGUUUACUUUUUAGGUUGAAUCAUUCUUGAUUGUUUCUAUAAUCUGUAAUGUCCUGCAAAAGCUUGAAACUAUAGAAACACUCUUGAGAUUUAUUAUUGUAAAGCACUGACUGCUAAAAAAUUGUUAAAUUAAUUGUCGAGGUUGAAGAGAAUACGAAAUGGAUGAUGAACAGUAUUUCUCUGAAAGUUUCUGUAGAGAUAUAAACUCAAAUAUUCAUAAGUCAUUUAACUUCCUUAUGAUUAAGGGACAGAUAACAUUAAUGAAAUUCCACAUCAUGCAUUUGGAAUCAGUUUGCAAUUGUAUGAAGAAAAUUUGUUGAUAUACUCAUUUUUUCAUGCUGUAAUUAUUCAGUGAGUAGCAUAUGAAAGUAUUACAGUCUAGUUUCUCAACUUAACAGUUUGUAGUUUUGAAAUGUUGACCUCACAUCAUUUCCCAAUAGCGAAAUUGUAACAGUAUGUCUGAGCUUUGUUUGGAACGUGUUGUCCUCCCCAUCCCGGUCUGUUAACACUGUUUCAGUAUUUUUGGCAGGAAACUGGAAUCCUGCAGUAACCAGUGGUCCCACAUUAAAAGCCCGUUCCACUUUUUCCAUCAUCUUUCCCAAAGUGUAGAUGAAAUUUUCAGUCAUUUUAUCUUCAGGGAUUCAAAAUAUCUAUUACGCUGUUUAAUAACUUGUAUCUAUCUUGGAGUGCCACAAUGAUGAUUUAACAGAAUAUCCUGAGCUUAAGACAAUAAACUCUCAUGGUCAGGAAAAAACAAGAUUUUCAAGUUUACUUGUUGUCUGUUGUUAUUAUUAUUAUUAUUAUUAUUAUUAUUAUUAUUACUGCAACUACUACUACUACUACUACUACUACUACACUAAAGUGGGUGAGUGAUUCACCAACUAGACAAGUCGUGAAACGGUGAUAAUUACUACUGUCAAUUACUAUAUCCUAAAUGUAGAUAGUGUGACACUGUCCACAUUUAACAACAUAAGUUAGUAACAGAAAACUUUGUCAGCAUUAUUACUUUCUAAAGUUCUCUCUGUCUUAUGUUACAAAGUUGACAGUUAUGAUUAUAAUCAAUCCUGGCCAUAAUUUCCAUAAUGGGAUGACUAACUGAAUCAAGUCCAUGGAUACACAGUCAGGAUGUUGGAAGAAAACUGCCAUUACUUGAACUUAAAUAAUUGUUUUGCAUUUUCUGCAUAGUUUCAGUUAACUAUGAAAGAGGUUGUAACACACUGAAGUUACAGUAGCAUACCUUUUUCCCCAUAAAGCAGUUUGAAUGAGAAAGUGCCUUAGUGUAUAUUAGUUGUGAGAGAUCCUGUUCGAAUGAUGAUAGAAAAUCUGUGCAAUAGUGAAGAAAGAAAUUGGUUACCCAACAAGACAUGUUGGGCUGUGAAUAUGUGGGGGAGAGAAAUUUGGCUUGUAAAACAGUCACCCUUGUUAAACUCAUUGUGACAUGGAAAUGCUUUCCAUAAGUGUGUCACAAUUAUUGACUGUAGCAAGUCCUUUUCAGGUUCCUACUGGCUCUGUUGAAAUUAAACAUCAAGGUUUUGGGAGCCUUGCUUUAUUCUGUGUAUGGUCUUCACAAAUAUUUGUGUAGUAUUCAGCAGUGGAAAAAAUUCUUUGGUAUUCACAAAAUAUUAGUUAACUAAAGCAAAAUUAUGUCGUAAGAUUGAAUUUGAGAAAGGACCAAAAACUUGAUUAUCUUACAAGCUAGCAGUUGUGCUGGUGGCUAGUUGCCUCGGUGUUUGAUACUUGGGAAAUUACUUAUAGUUUUACAGGUUUUAUAGAGGUGACAAACCCACUUAACAUAUUUUUGUAACCUAUGUCAAACCAUAAAAUGAAAGACUGAGAUAAAUGUCAGUGCUGCAUUUAAAAUUGUGUUCUGUAUUAAUCAUAAAUAAUGAAAUGCUUUAGGUCAUUUUAAACAGUGUGCUGAACUGAUAUCAAGGACUACUAAUUUUUGUAUAGCAUUAUUAGUAGUAGCUUGAAACAUUUGGUAAACAGUUCCAUUUUGAUAAAGUUCUUUUCUAUAAGACUGCAUUUGUGGCAUUUGAUAGAUAAAUAAAUGUAGAAUUUUUCCCACAUACACACAUUUCCAUGUUCUUCAGAAGUUCUAUGUUCGGCCUUUACCAGAGAUUUCAAUUGAAUUGUCACUAAGUUGCAAGAGACCUGGAUAUUGAACUUCAUCUAAUCUUAAGCUAUCUGUUGUAUGUUUGUAACUCAUACAUUAAGUUUGUACAAUAUACAAAUAUUUGUAUUUAAGGAAAUAAUUAUCCUGAAACGUAAAUCAUUCACAAAUUAUUAAAUCUAUGAGAACGCUGUUAAAAGUGUAUGUUUUUACAAUUGAUGUUUCAUUUUAGUAAAAAAUUUAUUAAUAAAAAAUUGUAUUUAUUUCAGUUUUAAAAUUUUUAUUGUAUGUUAAUUUUUCUUAUUUUAUAAAAGACUUGCAGUACUUAUGGAAUGCCUUAUAUAUGAGACUUAAACAGUUACAUU